AUGAAGCUGGCCACCGCUAGAGCCUCGUCCAGUAACAAGAGGGAGUACUACGAACAAACCCUCAUCCAGGAGCUCAAGAAGAACCAGCAUUUACAGGAGUACGUGAGGCAGCUAGAAGGCAGACAGCACCACGACAGGGAGAAGAGGACCUCAGCUGGCUCUGAAGUAUUGGCAUCUGUGCCCUGGGAGGAAUUUGUAGAUGCCCAGUUCCCGCUUCCUAUAAAGAGCCUGAAGGAGAAUUCACCCAAAAAGCACGAAGAAGCCAGUCAGAAAGUGCAAGGGGGUGAGACCUACAAGCCCAGGAAGUGCAAGCACUUGGCCCAGGUGAAUAAUAGCUCGGAUCCUGUGAAAGAGGUGACUGACCUGAAGGACCAGCUGGAGGCCUUGAAAUGCCAGACAGAAAUUUAUGAGGCGGAUUACAGGACAGAACACAAAGACCGGGAGCGAAUCAAAGCAGAGAAUGAGAAGCUACGGAAGAAGGAGGAGGAGAUGAGGCAGCAGAUGGCACUUCUGCAAGAGCAGCUUAAGAUCUUUGAGGACGACUUCAGGAAGGAGCGGUCGGACAAGCAACUGCUUCAGCGCCUCCUGAAGAGCAAGGCCAGCCCCAAGGAGCCCAUCCUUGUUCAUCGCUGCAACAGCCAGGAGAGGCCAGUGGUACCCGCCUUGCCUGCGCACUCCACUUCCUCCACAUCCAAGCGAGGCAACUGCAGCAAGCACUGUGAGAAGCACAGCCACAAGCAAGGGGAGUGUGCCAAGCACCACUCGCGGGAUGCUGAGGCAUAGGCACCCCAUUCAGCAGAGACUACUAGGAAGGAGAGACAUACAUCUUCCAGGCAGCACUUCUUAAGCUAACAUACAUGGUCUCUCCAGCAGUCACCUGCUGCUGGAUGCAUGUCUCCAGCCACAGGAACCAGCACUGCUCUCCUGCAGAGGCCAUCAGGAGAUGCUUUCAACACCAUAGAUGCUUUCAGCAGCCACGCCUUCCAUUGGUUAUAGCUUAGACCAAU